AUGGCAUCACUCGGAUCUCUGAAUGAAACGAGCUCGACAAACCCAACAACGAUUGCAUCGAUCGGAUCGUUCGCUCAAACUCUAUCCCAAGCCCUCAAAUCAAACGAUACCAAGCUUCUAGAGACUUGUUUCCUGCAACAAUCUAAAAACAACAAAAACCUCAUUUCUAAUACGAUCCAGAGACUUCCAAAGAAGUUGUUGCAUACCCUAAUCGAACAGAUAACCAUCUGCCUGAACCGUAAGAAACGUGGCUAUGGCGAUGGCCUGACCGUUGCCACUGUUCGGAGAACCAAGACCUUGGUUGAAUGGGUCCGGCAAAUUUUGCUCAUCCACAUGUCCUAUCUUUUAACUAUUCCGACGCUUGUAACGCAACUCACAACCCUUCACGCAUCGUUACAAAAGAGGUUGAAAUUGCACACCAAGCUACUAUCGUUGGACGGGCGCUUGGAGUUAGUACUCAAUCAAAUUGAGAUGAACAGGGUGUCGAACGCCGGUAUUCAACCAGCUGGACCGAAGAGCUUAAAAGCCAUCGACAAAGCGAAGAAAAGGGCGACAACCGCUCCCAAACCCGAGCCUUACAAAUACGUCGAAGGGGAGAGCUCUGCAUCCGAUGACGAAGCAGAAAAAUCGAACGACGACAGUGAUGGAAGUAGUGGCCCCAGCGAAGAUGAGGACGGAGGCGAUUCUGAUCAGGUUGGCCAGACGGAUUCGGAGGACGAAGGCAGUGUUGAAGACGUGGUUCUGGGAAGUGGAUCCGAUGAAGAAGACUCAGAUGGUAGCGACGAUGAGGAGGCGGUGGACGCUGGUAAAAUGAAGAAGCUGACGAACGGAAUCAACGACUUACUAGACUUGGAAGCUGAAGAAAGUUUUAUUGAUGACGGAUCAGAAGAAAGCUCCGAGGAAGAAGAUUCAGAUCAAGCAUGA